AUGGCUCAUUCUCCUCUUUUUUAUAUAUACCUCCGGUAUGCUUUUCCAUCCUGUUCUUGUUAUGGUUGGAUGGCGACGUCUUUGCGAAUACUGCUGUGUUUAUUUUUGUGUGUGUUAUUAUUGCCAUUUGCUGUGUGUGUGUGUGUUUUCUGUGUCUCUAUUGUGUUUCCACUCUGGGUUUGUUUGUUUGUUUUUUCAUUAUGGUUUGUUUACGAUGCUGCGGAAAACAAAUGCACUGUGAUGGAUUGGGCUCAUGACAGCACGUGGAGUGCGGGUCCUCCCCCGCACGGAGAGGCAUGCAUGGGGAAUGGUGACGAUGACAUUCAAAAGACGGUGCAGCAGCGGCUGACGGAGGCUCAGCGGCAGCGUAACGAACUCAUUGCUCGUGGCGUGGCCCACCUUGUUGCACCGUCCGUACGCCACUACGACGAGGCCAAUGGGAGCGUGUGGAGAACGACGACCAAAAUUCACACGGUCGUGCGAAGCGCGGCAGCCGAUGCGUGCGUCACGCUCAGCGUGAGCCCUUUUCGCGGGAGGAAGCCGACCAUUGUGUUUUUGCCGCUCGACCACCCAUGGGACGGCGACCUCCACAGCAACGAUAACUCUGCGUACGUUGAGCCUCUACCUCUUGCCUGGCUGCCGCCGGCCCGGAUGGGUGAGCAAAAGAAGUUGCGCCGCGAAAGAGCGUACGCGGCGUUGCACUUUACGAUGUCUGACAACGCGGUGCGUUUUUCAAGUGUUAUGUGUACUUUGGAGCGAGCCGGUUUUGCGGAGGAGAGAAGUCUCCUAUCGACAACGUGGUCCUUGAAGUGGUGCAAGCGCCCUGUAAGAAGCGAUUUUUUGCGACUGAAACCGUUUCAGCGUAUCAAUCACUUCCCCGGAACGUGGCGUAUUGGCAAGAAAGAUGAACUGCAUAAGCACCUUGUGGCCGCACGAGAACGUUGGUGUGAAAAAAAUAAUGAGAAUUUGAUUCUCGUGGGCCACGCCCACGGGAAUUCAUUUGGUGACUUCUUCCCGGAAGCUUGGGUGCUCCCGGAUGAGGCGGCGGCUCUUAAGCAUGUUUUGGGUUCAGACAAGGAGCACGAUCAUCUAUUUAUUGUUAAACCUACAAACAGUGCAUGCGGAAGGGGCAUUUAUCUUCUGAGGGCCAGUGAACAUCUGCGUCUGGAACAUGCACUGCAGCAGCCGAACGCGUGCGGUGCGAGUGAGACGCGUCCUCUUCGCCUUCUUGUGCAGCGUUACAUUUCAGACCCCUUGCUUAUAGAAGGAUAUAAAUUUGACCUGCGACUCUAUGUAGUGGUGACCUCGUACUCUCCAAUGCGGGUAUACUUGUAUGAGGAGGGACUUGUGCGGUUUGCUACGCUGCCGUACCCUGCAGAAGAGACCUUGGAAGACCACGCGUCCAAAGAAUCUCUCACUGCACAUCUCACGAAUUUUACCAUUAAUAAAAAAUCGGAGGACUUUGUGCCACCCGAUGGUAUUGGGGACAACGGAGGCGUGACGAGUGCCUCCAAGUGGACGCUUGCAGCGUUGCAGAAGGAGUUUUGUAAUUCUGGGUUGGACUGGAAUGGAACGAUGGCACGUAUACAUGAUCUUAUUAUGAAAACACUCCUUGCGGUGGAACCACAUGUCAUAUAUGAGCAAGAGGCGAUUAAUGACACUGUGGGUGACUGCUGUUUUGAAGUGUAUGGCGUAGAUGUGUUGUUGCGCCGUCCUUACACCUCAGAAAGCCCCACACCGAUGCCUGUUCUGAUGGAAGUCAACAUUAUGCCUUCCCUAAGUACGCAUUACUCACUGUUAGACCAAUGUGUUAAAGGAAACUUUGUUGCGGACACAUUGACACUUGUUGGUAUCACCGCUGCUGUCGGAAGUAAGAAAUGCGGAAAAGAUGUUGUGCCUAUUUGCGAAAUGCCCGAAGGGGACAGGCUGACAUUUUCGUACGGGCAUCCGUUUUUAGAUGCACUGACGGAUGCGCUGGAGCUCGAGUCGUGUCUGACUUCAGAGGAGGAGUUUGUGCGGCGCAUGCACUUUCAACGGCUUUGUCCAACCCCAGAGUCCUACUCGCGCUACCGCUCACUAUUCACACAAGUGCAACGUGGGGCACUCCAACGCUCACUGAAUGAAGUGCUGAGUUUAUGGGAGCAGACGAAGUUGGAUGAUCCACCCGUAUAUAGUUGA